AAGAACGCCCCUUUCAAUAACAAGAGAAAAUGGCGUCAAAAAAUAAAAACGUGGUUUCAGAUAAAUUAGAAAAUGAAUCUGUUCUUCCCGAAAGAAGUUUAUCGGAUAUUAAAAACAAAGAUAUAAGAAAACAGCUAUAUGCAAAAAUGAGGAAGCAAAAGAAAAAGGAUAAAAUUGCCCUAAAAAAGAGAAAGAAGACAGAAGCAAAAAUGUUAGGUGACAAGGCCCCUCCAAAACAAGUUCCUAAGACUCUUGAGAACAUGAGAAUUAAAGAUGAGACAAUGGUUAUCCCAGAUGAUGAAGAGGUGAUUAGAGAUGAAUCUCAAGAUGAAAUGGCUUCCUACUUCAACAGAGAAUCAACGCCAAAAAUACUUGUAACAUCUGACGAUAGAAUUAAUUCAAAAACUAGAAAAUUUUGCAAAGAGCUGGCAAGGAUUAUACCAAAUGCCAUGACAAUGAAAAGGAGAGGUUUUGACUUAAAGAAAAUAAUACCACAAGCAAUUGAAAAAGAAUUUACAGAUCUUAUUGUUAUCAAUGAAGACAGAAAGAUCCCAAAUGGUAUGGUAAUAUGUCAUUUACCAAAUGGUCCAACAGCUCAUUUCAAACUUUCUUCAGUGCAGUUAUCAAAGGAAAUUAAGGGUGUAGGAGAAUGGACUAGUCAUAAACCAGAAGUAAUCCUAAACAAUUUCAACACAAGGUUGGGUCAUUCUGUUGGUCGUAUGUUUGCCUCUCUUUUCCCCUAUGAUCCAAAUUUUCAGGGCAGGAGAGUGAUGACCUUUCAUAAUCAGAGAGAUUUUAUUUUCUUCCGUCAACACAGAUACAUUUUUCGAAAUUCAAAGCGUGUUGGUUUACAUGAAUUGGGUCCAAGAUUUACACUGAAAUUAAGAUCAUUACAAAAAGGAACAUUCAAUUCAAAAUAUGGAGAAUAUGAAUGGGUUCAUAAGCGUCAUGAAAUGGAAGCAAGCAGAAGAAAGUUUCACCUAUAAUUGUUAUGAAUAGUUAGUGGUUGUAACUUUGAAAUAGUAAAACAUAUUACCCUAUUCAGUGACUAUUUAUGUGAUAUCGAAAAGUGAUUAUUAAAGAUAGACUAACACUUCUUUGGGAAGUGUUCACAGUGCUGAAGGAAUUUAUAUUUCAAGGAACUACAGAUAUAGACUACUUGUAUUAAAUGUACAUAACUUUGUUUGUAAAUAUAUAAGAUAUCUAGUCUGAAUAA